CGCACCUGUCGGUUCUGCCCCGGGAUCCCUCGCAGCGCCCGCAGUCGCAGCCCCGGAGCAGGGCCGGGAGCGCGGCCGGGUCGUCGUAGGUUCGCGAUCGCCAUGGCCGAGUUCCCGUCGAAAGUGAGCACGAGGACCAGCAGCCCCGCGCAGGGCGUGGGCGCGUCUGUCUCGGCGCUGCGGCCGGACCUGGGCUUCGUGCGCUCCGCCCUCGGGGUGCUCGCGCUGCUGCAGCUGGUGCUGGGGCUGCUGGUAUGGGCCCUGAUUGCUGACACCCCAUACCACCUGUAUCCUGCCUAUGGCUGGGUCAUGUUUGUCGCUGUCUUCCUGUGGCUGGUGACAAUCGUCUUCUUCAUCAUCUACCUGUUUCAGCUGCACAUGAAAUUGUACAUGGUGCCCUGGCCAUUGGUGUUAAUGAUCUUUUUUGUCGCUGCCACCAUUCUCUAUAUUACUGCUUUUAUCGCCUGCGCCGCAGCAGUGGACCUGACAUCCCUGAGGGGCUCACGACCCUAUAACCAGCGCUCAGCUGCCUCUUUUUUUGCUUGUCUGGUGAUGAUUGCCUAUGGAGUGAGUGCUUUCUUCAGCUUCCAGGCCUGGCGAGGAGUGGGCAGCAAUGCAGCUACAAGUCAGAUGGCUGGGGGCUACUCUUAAGCCAGCUAAGCCGUGGCCUAAGCUGCUGCUGGGUCUUAGCACAGGGUCAUCACCCAAUCUUACCGGACUCAAGCUCUCCAGCACUCCAGAGGAACAGGCCCAAGCUGGCACGGAUGGGCUGCCAAGAGCCAGCAGUGGGGACAUCCUACCCACCCCCCCUUAUUCAGCAGAAGGUGACGGGGGAUGUGGGCUCUCAUGGCUCUGCCUUGUCAGAGGACUUCAGUAUCCCAGGCUGGGCCACCCUUCUCACCAGCACUAAAUGCACUAACAGACCUCCAGCCUCCAACCUGCCAUAGUAUAAACCUAACAAAACAACCGAUUACCUUUGUUCCAGGAGAAGCUAAGCAAAGCCCAGGGGCUGUGCUGGUCCCACCCUCCUCAUCCCUGCCCCACGCCAACGUGUCACCUUAUAGAGGCUUUUAUAGGAAGAGCUGGGAUUUUGGACUGGACUAUUUCAGUUGGUCCCAAGCAGUUUCCAACAGCGGCACACCUCGCCACUGUCCCCUCCCUCUCGUGUGACUCUCCCUUUGGGAAGGCUAGCAUCAGUGUAGGCUUCCCCCAGGCUGCUGAUUAGACACAGGGGACUUCAGGGAGUAACAGAGGGAAGCAGGGCCUUGCCUGGUGAGUUGUCAUGGGGUUGGUGGUGACUCGUUUGGGAUUAUUUUUUACAACUUAAAUAAAAAUCAAAGUGUCUAUCUGAAAA